AUGUCGUCGGGCGGGUGCACCUUCACGCCGCGGCCUUGCUCCGCGGCCUUGCUGAUCCUGUCAUUCCUUGUCCCAGCGCCAGCGCUGCUGCUGUCCGGCCCUGCCGCUGUGCCCAGCUUGCGGGCCAGCGUCAGCCGGCAUCCCGCUGUGCCCGGCUUGCGGGCUAGUGUGCUGCUGUCUGCGCCGUCCGGCGAUGCCGAGGGCAACGACGACGAGCUUUCCGACGCGCCGAUGAUGGAGGAGCUGCGAUGCCGCAUGCGUGAGGUGCAGGCGAACGACGCGCUCCUCUCCCGGUUGGGCUCCAUUCCGCACGCAUUUGUGCUCGUCUUCGACCCAGAUACCGAAGACGAGGCUGUCUACUCGAUUGAGCUGCCGCCCGACGAGGCGGAGGCGGAGGCGUCUCGAAAGCCGGUGCACUCGGUGGUCGCCUUCGAGGACGAGGAGGAGGCGAAGGCGUACGCCGCCUCCGUCAUCCACGAGCUGGAGGAGGGAGAGCCCAGCAUCCAGGCACUCGAUCUCGAGGCUCUGGUCGUCUCCUCACGAGAGGCGCACUUCCGCGUCGCGCUCGCGGAGGACUACCCAGACCCGCUUGAGGACUCUGUCUGGGUGCUGACGUACGACGCGCACACGAGCGACGCCUUCUUCUUCUCGCUCUCCCUCAACGGGACCCGCUCCGUCGUCUGCUUCCGCGAAGAGGCCGCCGCGCUCCGCUGCCGUGCCACGCUCGCUGAGCGCGGCGGCGCGGCGCCCAAGCCGCGCCAGCUGCUGCUCGAAGAGGUGCUCGACUACAUCGACCCGGACCCGCUCGGCGGCGACGGGGACGAGGACGGGGACGGGCUCGACCCACUCGACGUCUGCCUCGUGGACGAGGUGGUCGAGGUCUACGACGGCGAGGCGUCGCUCGGGGCGCCCAUGGAGCCAGACUCGCAGGGCAGAGGCGCGCCGACCCUGGCGCCGAGCAGCCUCGGACUCUCGGCCCGCCAGCUCAGCAGCCCCCGCCAGCUCCGACGCUGCUGCGCCAACGAGGCUCGCGCCAUGCUCGAGUCUCUCUAUGAGGCGGACUCUGCCGCGCCGGGACCGGAAUUGGUCGACGGGAUCGCGCCGGCCACGGAGGGCGAGGGGGGCGGUGAGGAUGAGGGCCCUGCAGAGCGAUACAAGUGGGGGGACCAAGAGAUAAAGCAGUAG